AUGACGACCGCCGGGACAGUGACAUGGCAAAUCAUCAACCAGUCACUAAACGUGGCUAUCAAUAAUGCAAACUCUAACAAAUCCUCGCCCUUGUCCACCAAGACAAUCAUCCAGAGUUAUCUCCUUGCAGUCUCGGCAUCCUGCGGUGUCGCUGUAGGAUUGAAUGCCAUCGUGCCGCGACUAAAGCGAAUAUCGCCAAACACGAAACUAAUUCUCGGGCGACUGGUUCCCUUCGCAGCAGUCGCCUCAGCAGGAGCACUCAAUGUAUUCCUCAUGCGCGGCGAGGAGAUACGUCGCGGCAUCGACAUCUUCCCCGUCCAGACCGAAGCGGAAAAGGCAGAGCGGGAGAAAUCCGGCAAAGAGGUCGCUAGUUUAGGCAAGUCUCGCAAAGCUGCUUUCUUGGCUGUUGGAGAGACCGCCAUCUCUCGAGUGUUAAAUGCCACACCCAUCAUGGUUAUUCCGCCGUUGGUGCUUGUGCGCCUGCAGAAGACGGAGUGGCUGAAGCAACGACCUAGGAUGGUGUUACCUGUCAACCUCGGAUUGAUCUUGACCACGAGUAUCUUUGCUCUCCCUCUGGCACUGGGUGCUUUCCCUCAACGGCAAGCUAUCAGCGCGAAGAGCCUAGAGGAAGAAUACUGGGAUAAAGGUGGUGAGGGUGGAUUGAUUGAGUUUAAUCGUGGUAUUUGA